AUGCCAAUUAAUAUCGUAAUUUCCAGAGACAGCAGAUUCUAUAAAAAUAAUAUGUCUGGCGUCGACAAAUCCUGCCACAGCUGCAAACUAGGCUUCGAUCUUAAUGUUAGAAGGCCAAAAAUUCUACUCUGUUCACAUACUUUAUGCACAUACUGUAUAAACGACUCAUUAGAGAAUAAAAAGUGUAUUCAUUGUAGCUUAUGCAGAGUAGAUUCAGGGGCAAACAUCUCUGAUCUGCCAGAUAAUGAAAGAAUUCUAGAGAAGCUUAAAGAAGACUAUAUUGGAUGCUCACAUCAUGAAGGAGUUCCUGCAACACAUUUAGACUCAAAAACACUGGAAUCGUUGUGCGAAGAGUGCUAUAGCGCUCGAUCUCAAAAAAAUCUGAUCAAUUUAGAAGAUAUAGAUUUUAGUGAAAUUUUGCAAAAUAGAUGGCGUGAUUUGUCUUCAGAAUUGAAUGGAUUGCCUUAUAUUCUCAAAAAGAAAUAUUGGAACUGUAAAAAUGAGUCAAAUCAAAAGAAACUCGAGUUUUGCUACAAAAUUGCAGCAUUUAAGUCGACUGAAAUUUUCUGUGAUACCCAUCCUUUUGUUUCUGCUAAAUGAAUUUCUAGAGCUACUUUAGAACCAUUAUGUGAAAAUUGCAGCCAAAAAUGUAAAGAAAUUAUGCCUAUAGAAGAUGAUGAUACUGAGGAAUUUAUAAAUGGCGUUCUUUAUCAAAAGAUCUAUUCGUCUGAUUUAGCCUGCAUUCCUUCUAUUUAUUAUGAAUAUAUUAAAAACUAUGGGUGGAAGUUGAAAGAUAUGAUAGAUCUUCAUCGAUUUUUAAAAGAAUCAGAAGGAAAAGAAAAAAUCACUGAAAAAACAAAAUGCCCUAUUUGCCUUUCAAACUUUGGCUUUGGUUGGGAUACUCCUAUGAAAUUAUCAUGUUCUGAAGCAAAUCACGCAGUUUGUCUAAAAUGUUUCAGUAGCGCUGGAAGCAACUUUAGAUGCCCAUUGGAUAAUAAGGAAUGUGAAAUGUCAAACCCAACACCCUUGGAAGUAGAUGAUUUAUUUUCUUAUCCAUGAUGCAGAGGCUGCAAUGAGAUUAUGGGGAAAAAUCAAAAUAUCCCUGUAAAAUCAAAAUGCAUUCAUCCUAUGUGUAAAGAAUGUGAAUGAUGCCAAAUUUGUAAAGACUAUGUUAUUGAAGACAAAAAUGUUAUUGAUAAAAAUCUAAGCAAAAAGUUGGAAUUUAUGGAAACAUACUGUUUAGAGCAUAAAGAGCCAGCAAUAAAGUUUAAAAAAGAAUUUUGGGAAGUCCAAUUACUUAACAUUGAAAUAAGAACAUUUCCUAAAGUUUGCUGCAAAAAUUGUAAAGGAGGCUCAUUUAAUUUGAGAAAUAAAGAUUAUUUCAAGAUGUUUGACACAUUAGUUCAAGAUGCUUUCUAUUGUUUAGUUGAAAAUCUAUCCAGAUUAGAUAUAAGGUAUCAAGAAAUUGCUGAGGAAUGUAAGGGCGAUUUUACAAUUUCUAAUUAUAAUCAACGCCUUGAAAAAAUCCAAGAAAUCGCACAGAUAUUAGAAGGUUUAAGUCAGCCUAAUCAAAUGAUAAAAGAAGAAAAAAUAUUAAACAGAUUUGAAGGGAUUUAUCCUUAUGAUGGCAGACCAACAAAAGGUUGAAGAGUUUCUAAAGAUCAAGUUGAAUCAAUCUCUUUAACAUGCAGUAGAAAUAUAGCACUUCUGGGUCUGAUAUUGGGUGGAGAUGUUUCAGGAGCUACGAUUCAUGCAGAUAUAUAUAUAGCUUGCUCAGAAAAUAUUAUAGUCGAUGAUCAGAGCCAUAUAAAAAAUUUUGAAAUAAAAAGUAAAGAAGAGCAGAUUCGAUUUGCAAAUAUGAUUGAAUUGACAGCAGAAACGAAGUACACUAUUUCUGUGAUUUAUGACAACAUUGGUGGAAUAUUAUUUAAUGGAAUCCCAGCAAAAAGAAAAAUAAAGUUAGAAUGCUCAAUAUAUGAAAUAGAAGUGGAAAGCCCUAAGAACAAUGGCCAAUACCGCCUAUAUAGAAAUGAUAUCGGAGGGCCAAUAUUAGGUUUUAUUAUUUCAUAA